GGCAUGUGGGGCCCAUUUGGAGAGUGACUGAACUGAGAGAAAAGGACCGCGUUUUCUUGCAGAUACGACGUCGUAGAGGUUGAUGAUAAGCUUGAGUCUCCGGUAGUGUGCUGUGAGUUUGUCGAGAUUCGGGUCGCGGGUCCGGUUUUCCAAGCGGGUUUGGGCAGUGUUUGCCGGUUUCUUCCACCGGAUUUGAGUUGUGGAAUUGAAAGGGCCAAAUGAAAGUGGAGUGCUUGAUGGUAUAUUCACCAGCUUCUUCCACCGGAGUUGUAAAGUUGUCAUUUCUCUGUCACACGAUGUGGCCGGUGCAGAGAAAAGAAGUAAUUUUUUUUAUAUCCAAACUCGAAAACCCAAUUUUUAAAUAGGGCAAAAAAAGGUCAAAUUGUAUCUCUAUUAAGACCAUUUUUGACACUUUCUGGCUUAGCACUUGCAGAAAAGAAACCCCAAAACUGGAGAGAUGGCUCUACUGUUCACCAUCAUGACUCCUCCCGCUACUCGUCUCUCUUGUCAUUCAUCUUCAACUUCUUCAGUGUUUGCUCACUCAUUCUCCAGGUUUUGCAACGAUCCCAUUGCUUUGCAAGCAAAGUCACAUAUCAGUUACUAUAUUCGAGCACCCUUUAUCUUAAAAGAGAGGUGUGUUUUGAUUGCUGAGGCAGCAUCUGAUAUUGAUAGCGGGGAUUCUGAUAAUCUGGAGAGUGAUGAGGAAAGCUUGUCUUUUGAUAACCUGCCAUUGGAGUCUAAGCUUCAGCUGAAGCUUGAACAGAAGAUGAAAAUGAAGUUGGCAAAGAACAUUAGAUUACGAAGGAAGAAACUUGUCAGGAAGCGCCGCCUUAGGAAGAAGGGGAGAUGGCCACCUUCAAAGUUGAAGAAGAACAAGAAUGUGUAGUCUUUACCACACAAUUCACCUUUUUGUAACCUUGACAUCAAUGUCUUCAACUUGUAGAUAUACAACCAAGGAUUAAUUAGCUUCUGCUUUUUUUAUGGUAUAGAUUUGGUACUGUUAAGAGUUUCUACUUGUUUUAGUUGAUACUUAGUAGAGAAGGCUCUUUUGUGUUACUGGAACUUUUCUUUGUUUGCUUUCGCUCA